AUAAGUAAAGGGCGCUAGGUUUGACACGGUCUUCGCAGUUGGUUCGUCUAUGGGGGAGUUUUGCUCUAAACCGGAGAGUGGGAAUUCUCAAUCACAUCCCGGUGUUUCUGCUGUUGGUACUCAACAUGCUAGGUCAAGAGAAAACAAUGUCCCUAAUGCUUCUACAGCAACAGCUAGCUUUCUGUCUAACAUGUGUGACACAAUAUCCCGCUUACAAACCGAAAGUCAUUUACCCUCAAACGCCCCACCACCAGGUUCGCGGAUAGCUCCAAGCCCUGAACAGGGUUAUGCCAAUAGUAUUAAUCGAAAUGGAAGGUCUGAUAGUUUUCCAAGUGGAGGUCCGGUGCUCACAACUGGGCCUCAUGCAGGGUUGUUAACUCCGGAAGAUAUGCUUGCUGCAGCACAGAUUUGUAGCCAUCUAAGUCAGUCACAACUCAACGCUCUGGCGGCUGCUUACCAUCAACAGCAGCAGCAAAUUCAACGCUCCGUUGGUUCAAAUGCUUCAGGAACUCCAACUCUUGGUCACGUCCCAGGAAUUACAUUUGCGCAGGCUCUAGCGGCCGUUACAUCUAUAUCGAAGUCAUCAUCUCCUACUAUUCCUCUCAGUGUUCACAGCUCUCAACAGUCACCUCGAUUGCCGGUACAUUCAGUUCAAACACCUGUACAUCAAGGGAACCAAAAACGCCCCCCUAGUGGUCAGUCACAGUUUCACUCAGGACAUCCUAUUCAAAUGGGUUCAACUACAUCUGGUACUCGUCCAGCUUCGGCGUCUCAGGCUGUUCUUCAUCACCGCGGAAGUCAUCCAGGUCCUUCAGGAUUCGGGACAAUGAGUUCUCAUGUCAGUCCAUCACAGUCGAUUACCUCACAUCUGGAUCAUAAUUUGCACAAUGCACAUCAUCAGACAAGGGCUUCACCAUCACUAUCACCCAGUCCUGGAAGCAAUAUUUACCAAAAUCGUCGUUCACAACUGGCCCCCCCUUCAACUCAUCCAAACAAAAGACCUCGUAUUUCCUUAGGAUCCCAACUACCACACUCCAUUUCAUCCUUACCUUCUGCUCAUGUAACAAAUACAAUUGCGCCGGCUGAGAUGGAAGCUUUGUUGGGGAGUGUUGUUGCUAGUAAGGCGAUGGCAAGUAUUGCAGCUGGUUCUAACUUUCUUAACCCAAACGCUUAUUCUGCAGCCACAGAAGUUGCCGCUGCAGCCGCAGCAGCCCUCACGCCUUUUUAUACAUCCAUUAAUACUAGUAGCUUAUCGAACCCAUCAUCGGUCGCCACUCCAAAUCAAGCUGCUUAUCAACCGCAUAUUCAACAUCACGGUUCAUUCGGUAGUAAUUCAACUUCUGGCACUCAUUUAUUCAACCAACAACAUGUUUUACCAUCUUCCAGUUCGGCGUAUCCAGGUUCACUGAUGGGUACCUUACCUGGUUCGCUUCUAACCUCGUACAAUAAUAGACCAUUUCCUCAUGCAACUGCGUCUACCCAGGCGAUAACUUCCGGGCAAGCCCUAGUUAGUGCACCUGUCUUGGGAUCACAAACUGUAACUAGUCAGCCUCCAUUGUCACAUAUGCCAGCGAAAGCAUCGCAUCCAACUUCAGUCUCCCAAAUCCCUUCUCGCCUGAUUUCUGGCCAUCUUCAUCAUCCACCUGCUGCUACACAUCCUAGUCAAAGCAGUUUCCACCAGUCAAAUCAUCCUUUACCACAACCAGGUUCUCAACAUCAUGUGAUGGGGCAUUCUAAUCUCCCUCAAGGAAGUGGCGUACUUCGACAACAGACUAAAGAGCCAGCUUAUCACCCACAGGUUGAAGCCAUAUCCCCUGCUCCUGAUGAAUCUCGUCUAGUGGAUGCCCAAGAUGCAAAGCUUCAUCGUGAAAGGGAAGAAAUUAACCGUCAACUGACAGUAUUAGAUGCUGAUAUUAACAAACAAGAAUCUCAUCUAAGAAAUCUAUGUGAACGGGAGGCUCGUCUAACAGCUCGACUUGCGGUAGCACCUGCACGCGAUACAUCAAAUAAUAGUUUGAACGGUAACGAUCAUGAAUGUAAAUCAGAUAAAGGGGAUCUUGCUGUUCCGGAAGUAUCUUUCACUUGUAAAACCGGUUUCGAACGAAAUUACGAAAACCCAAUACAGGCAAUUAUUUCUGACAACCGCCAACGCACUCGUCAGCGUCAUCUCAUUUUCACAAGACUUUGUGGACCCAAAGUUCGACCUGGACCACAUGCCCUGCCAUUUUAUCGCCAACCGUCCGACUUGUCAAGUGUAAGAGCUAUACAAUCCAACUUUCGCAACCAUUUCCGUCCAAAACUUGUUGUUUAUCUUCAAAGACGUCUCCGUGCUGAACAAAGUCGUAUCAAUUUUUUGGCUCAACAAUACGGACGAAAUUCUAGAAUAUUUACCAAAAAGAUGGACAAAUUACUCAGUACGACCAAACGUCGUCAACGUGAUCUUCGUCAUCGAGAUAUUUUUGAGAAAGCGAUGCCGGAAGUUAAAAAAAAUCGCGAAGACAGGGAGAUGGGAAACACGGAAUACACUAAACCAGGGGUCGAGGAUGAUUCUGGCGGGGUUUCUAACCUAACUGAUGGUUCUCAGACUACUCCCUACGAUGCUAUAGAAGAGAUGAAUAAAUUAAAGGAAUAUGCGAUUGAUCCUCCAGUUAUGCUUGCACCUUGGCAGCGUCGAUAUCAAUUCAUAUGUGAAUCAGGUUUAAUCACAGAUUGUCGUGCUCAGCUUCAAGAAAAUCAAGAUCUGUCUAAGUGGUCAGAAGAAGAAAAGCAAAUAUUUAAAGAACGCUAUUUAGCCACUCCUAAAAAUUUUACUUCGAUAGCUUCAUACUUAGAGCGUAAAUCUGUUGCAGACUGUAUCCACUAUUAUUAUUUAUCCAAAAAGAAAGAAGGUUAUAAACAGCUGUUGAAGAAGCAUAAUGCUCGUCGACGGCGAGCAGCUCAGACUGAACGUGGAGGGGGCGGUGGUGCUGGUGGAGCUGCUAGCAAUUCAAAUGCUGGCGGGAGUAGCGGCAGCCAUAGUAAUAGUGGCAACAAUUCUAAUAUGAACUCGAUCCCUCCAUCUUCUGGUAAUUGUCAAAAUGGGCAUACGAAUAUAAAUUCCCCUCGUGGAGAGCGUAAUGAAGCAGAUGAAAAAGAUCCAGGAGGAUUAAAAAAUUCACAAGGUGAUUCUUCUGGGUUUCCUGAAUCUUAUGAAACAGCUGAGCAUAAGGAUGGUGAUGGAUACAGAAAUACUAAAAAAGAGACGCAUCAUGGUGGUAGCGGUGGGAGUACUGGUGCAAGAAAUAGAACCGGACGGGGUCGUCCACCACAUCAUACAAAUCAUUCUAAUAUCGAUAACCAUAAUGUUGGAUCUCAUGGGCGAUGUCGUGGUGGUAAUAAUUCUACUCGAAAUAACGUUGAACCCCAUAGUGUUCACGUUCCUUCGGAUGUCAAGGUACCUGAAAAUGAUACUUUAGUUCCUAUGAUCGACAAAGAAUCACGUUCUGGAGAUAAUGUAAGAAGUGAUCCUGGAGUACAUGUAACCGUUUCUUCUAAUACUAAUUCUCAGUGUGCAGAAUCUGUGACUGAUUCAAAUAAGCUGGCUCAGCAGCCCCGGACACAUCCUGCAGUAGUUUCCAGUUCUUCAACACGCAUCAAGGAUUUGAUUCACUUUGCUAUUGAAAAAAAUCUUACCAAGCCUCCAUCAUGUGAGAAUCAAGUUAGCACUACUGAAACUUUGUCUUCCCGUAUCUCUUCGACAGGUCCUAGUUCCUCUCAAUCUACUUCAACUAUGGCAAAUGUAAUUACAAACUUUAAGCAUAAUAAGAACCCUUCAACUUCAAUUUCAACUGUGAUCCCAAGUUGUCUAGUGUCUAGUCAUAUGGCUACAGAUAAUCCAGAUACAUCUAUUGUUUUUCCAUCGACAACUGCAGCUGAGAUUUACGCAGCUGCUGCUCGCUUUGCAGCUGUUAGCGCUAGCGUUUGUGGAAUGAAUACUGAUCCAUCAGUAAUGUCUGUUUCGUCCACGGUUGAUUCUUCCGGAAGUCAUAAACUGGAUGUUAAUAAGUCAUCUGUAUCUACUGCUUCCUUAUCAAGUAACCUACAUUCAAAAUCAGAACUGUCUGAUUUUGCUAGCGUGGAUGCAGCAAAAAAGUGGAUGUCUUCAUUUGUCCCAUCAUGUGGUUCUUUAAGUCUUUCUCAUCAAACUUCUGAUAGUCGUGUCAUGGAUCCAUCUGUUUCUAGUAAAGCAAUUCUUAUAGGAGAUUUUUUAACUGCUCAACAACUUGAUCGUGCCGAUUCAUCUAAUUGGGGUGGCAAUCACUCAAAUUCACGCCAAGCUGAUUACAUUGGAUCCUAUCAACUUUCUAGAUCUAUUGACCCAUCUAAAUUACCUGUCUGUGUUAGUCAUAUUUCUACAACUUAUGGAAAUUUUGAUUGUCACCCAGUACAAGAUUUUCGAACAUCAUCAAGUGUUUCUGAAAAAUGCUUGGGUAGUGAUAUCCUCGCUGAACAUGCUAUUAGAUUGGCUAUACAUGCCAAAGCUGCCGCUGCAGCCGCUGCAGCGUCGUCAUCGGUUAGUCAGUUUGAUGGUCGUAGUUCAUCUGUGUCGGAAAACAAUUUCAGUGGUCCAGAACGCUGUGUAUAUUCACCUCUGUCUCCAAGUCCUGUUAAAGCUGAUAGUUUAUUGUCACCUGCCAACCAUUCUACUCCUCCAUGUCAACCUAAUUCACUUUUGGGAGUACCAGUUUCUAGAAAUGAUACCAAUUACCAAUCGACAUCUUCAUUUACUCGCCAGCUAGAUAAUAAUCUUAAUUCUAUAUCUUUCAAACCAGAAAAUGAUCCUAACAUGUCCAUAAAUUCAGAUCAGGUGGCAUCAUUUAUUGCAAAUGCUAAUAAAUUAUAUCUAGAAGAACUUGGGUCAUAUACUUCUCGUGAUCGACCUGAUCCUAUGCGAUCGCUAACGGGUAACGAGUCGUCUCAGUUUUAUGGUGUUAUACAACAGUUACGGCAGCCAAAGGAGGAAAGUAGUUCUCUUCACCUUCCAAGUGCUUGUGAUGUGUCUGUUACUAAUAUCAACAUUCCAAAUCUGAAUUUUAGAGAUCAACAGUCGGAAUAUACGGGUAUGUGUCUACCACGUCCACAUUCAUCUGAGGGUGCCGGUAAUCAUACAUUUGGUUCAUAUAUGAAAAGUGAAUUAUCAAGAGGAACUCCAUCAAGAUGUAUACCAUCUAAAAGCCAAAACGAUCGCAUACAAACAUGUAGUAAUCCAACUGAACCCAGUCAAUUUGUAUCGGAUUCUGUCAGCCCGGUUAAUAAUAUAGAUUCUCAUAUUUCUUCUAAUUCAGACAAGCGUUCGUCUAUGCAUGUGGGUUUGAAUACACUAGAAAGUCAUAUUAAUAAGGUAAUGUGGAUUCUUUUCUUUAUUUUUAAAUCUUUGGGUAAAAAAUUGUGUUUCUCUCUGAUAUUCAGUGCUGUUUUUUCCGUUUAUGACAAUCACAAUUAUAAUCGUCAACCACCGAAUUGAUAACCCAAAAUUAUAUCACUAGAAAGAUAUCAUUGCUUAGUUUAUAGGCGUCCUAAUUUUCUGACAUUUUUCUACGUGUUGAAUUAUUUCGUAUAGUUGAACGUUUUUGUGUUGUAAACUUUAAACUAGUAUUUUGUAAUAAUAAUAAUAAUAUUUUAUAACUAUCGGAUGGGAAAUGUCAAAACAAUGCUUCUUCAAUGAGGCGAUUUAUCAUAAGAUUAUCUUUUGCUUCAGGAACAAUAGGUUAUGACAUACAUCUUAUUUAGUAAGACUAGUGAAAUGGAAUUGUAGGUCGAGUGCUUUAAACAUUCGAUUUUCAAAUGUUGGGACAUAAAUUUAAUGCUACUUUUCCUACUUCUGUUUAGAUAUAUGAUAAGAUUUCGUUACAUAUAUACCGUACUUAGUUCCAGUAGUUUUGAGGAGAAUUAAUUGGAAGUUAGUUUUAUCACAACUACUGUAUUUUGUGUAAGUUAAUAAUUGGAACCGUUAACGUUGUCAGUAUUCUUCGUCAUUUCGUCCUUGCAUAAUAUUUUUGACUACUAGUUCAAAAGUUCAUACACUACCUAUUUCAGGCUAUUACAGAGGAAAUACGAGCUCAAACAAUUUCAAGAAAUUCAUUUGUUCCACACAAAAUAUGUUCGCCUCAUCUACCUAGGACUCCAUCACCUAUUACCAAACACCGUGCCACACGUAAUUCAGAUUCUCAAUUUCAUUUAAAUGUUCCACCGAAGAAGCAGGAUCGUUCUAUUUCGCGCUCUCCUGGUAUGGUGAACUGUUCAAUGAUAUCAGGUUCUAGAGAUUCUUUCAAAAAUUCUUCUAAAAUCUCAGCACCUGAACUUCAUACGGCGAAAAUUCCUGCUGCUAACAAUGAAGAUUUUUUAAAUAAGUCAAAUCAAAAGGGGUAUACACAGAAACGAAAAAUAUCUGAAAUGUUCAAAAGUAAUUCAUUGUCUAGUAAUAUUGACUCUACAGUAGACCAUUCUACUUCGCCAGAUGGUGGUACAGAAUCUCCAAGGUUAUUACAAAUAGACUUAGCUGCCUCUGAGUUUUCACCCAAGGUUGUGUCGGGUGCAAUGAAUUCACAUCUUAAGGAUGUUCCUCACUACUUGUCAUGCAAUACUAGUAUUCGAUCUGUUAAAGAAUGCGAACGUGAUGAUUCCCUAGAUCGGUGGCCGCAUACAUACGGAAACGAGAACAAUAUAGACUGCAAUCAUAGUUCAACAGGAUUGUUAGAGAAUUAUAAUGUCGACUCAUCGGAUUCAGCUACAUUAAACUCACUAUAAACGUCUACUUUGUAUUUAUGAAUAAGGAAAUACAUUAAUAUAUUUUGAAACGUUGCCAUAGUUAUAUAUGUACUGUAGAAAAUGUUGGAAUACUAGUUUUUCUUUUUAAACUGAUUUAGUUCCAAAUAUGUUUGUUUUAAUCCGACAUUUAUUUAAAAUCAAAUCGCCAAACAUUGAAUUUCAGUAUCAUUUUUGAUGUGUGUCCUAUCGAUUCAUCGGAUAUAGUUUUUUUUUGCACUUGUGUUUUCCUUUUUGUAGUUCACAUUUUUUGUAAUUUUUUGAAUACAUGAAUGCUUUUGGCUUACAGACAGUGCAACAAACUUUAUUUUAAUGACACAUGUCUCUAAUAUAUGUGUAUGUAUGUUGCCCCAUGAACAAUUUCGUAUCAUUUUCUCACCCCCUCUUUUUCUAUCUCUGUAUGUUGUCCUCAACGUACUCUAUUCCUGCUUUUGAAACAUACCGGUUUAAAGUUCUGUUUGUAUAAAUCGACUAACUUGUCGCUUACAAUAGCAUAAAUGGUGUAUCUACGUAUUUCGAGUAAUGUAUGUACAAAAAAAAAACAAUCAAACUUCUAUUUUACUAGUUUCGUAUUGAUAUUAAUUGUUAAUCAGGAUUAUAAUAACAAUUAACAAAACUAUUUUAAGUGAUUGUAUAAAAUAGAAUUGUUCUAAUGUUUACUCUCAUACUAGUCGUUUUUUCUCGUAUUUACGUUACUUUAUAAUCAUUUGCCUUUUGCGUAGUUUUAAGUUCAUGUUUGAUUUUAAUCAGGUUUCCUUCGAAAAAACUUGGUUUACUUAUUUUCAUUGUUAUCCUGUUUAGAUUUUUUGUUGUUAUAAUUAGCACAACAACGAUGUGAUUUCCUCUCUUCCACAUUAUUGUUACAUUUGCAUUUUGACAUUUUGUUACCUAUAUGACAGUAUAGUUGUAUUUUUAUUGAACAUGAUAUGGUUGCGAAUGUAGAAUGCUUUCUGUUUACUAUAACCUUGGAUAUUGGA